CUUCCCAUUUGCUAUAUAUUCUCUCCUUUCAAACGUCACAAAUAAGGUCGUAUAAACACUAUUGGUAACAACCAUUAACCAAUUACAAACCAAAUUAAGAAAGGGUGAAGUGGUGUACUUGACAUGCCUUUAUAUUGUUCCACUUUGGGUGCAAAAAUCCCAAGUAUCUUAGGAUUUGUGAGGAGAAGUGAAAACUGCACACAUAGUCACAUAGAAACAGCAAAUUCUUGCUUCAUGUCUCUCCACAAUAAAUCCCUUAACACCCUCCCUAGCCACAUUGCUUUUGUGUCAAAAUUUGAUCAAAGUUUUUCUUCUCCUAUGAUGGAGGAGGAUCACAAAAUGUUUGGUCUUACCUCAGAACAAGAGGAAUAUUGCAAAGAGUUAGAUGCUGCAGUCAGAGCAGUUCAGGUGGCAUGCUUCCUCUGUCAGAAACUUCAAGACUCUUUGAUUUCUAAGUCUCGGAGCAACAAUAAUCUCAAUUCUCCCCUCACAGUUGCAGGUUGGAGUGUCAAAGCAAUUGUCAGCAGGAUAUUGUUUGAGUGUUUAGAGAAUGAAAAUGUCUCAAUUGUAACUGAAAAAGAGGUUCAGACACUAUCCAGUACUGAUGCAUCUGAACUAUUGGAAGCUGUGGUUAAAAUUGUGAAUGAAUGUCUAGCUGAAGUGCCUCGAUUUGGAUUUGAAGAACCAAAAUCAGCUCUUGGAACUUCAGAGGUUCUCGAAAUCAUUAGUCGCUGCAACGGAGGUCCUUCCGGAAGAUUUUGGACACUUAGUCCUCUUGAUGGAGGAGGGUCUUCAUGUGGUGAUCAACAUGUUGUAGCUUUAUCCCUCAUAGAGGAUGGAGAAGUGGUGGUUGGAGUUCUUGGCUGUCCUAACUACCCUAUGAGAAAGGACUGGUUUAGUUAUGAUCAUAGUUAUCUUAGGAUGAUAUCUAAGUUGACUCCUCCAACCUCUCAAACUUGGAAUAAAGGUUGUAUAAUUUAUGCUAAAAGGGGUAGUGGCAAGGCUUGGAUCCAACCACUGCUCCAUGUCAAUAACAAGUCUGUGUGGCCAAACCAUGCAAAACAAGUUUCUGUCUCUUCCAUUGACAACCUAGCAAUGGCCACUUUCUGCCAACCAGUUGAGAAGGCUAAUUCAAGUCACUCUUUCACUGAAGGACUGGCUCACAGUGUUGGUCUCAGUAAUCAGCCAGUAAGAGUAUACAACAUGAUGAAAUAUGCUGCAAUAGCUUGUGGGGAUGCUGAGGUUUUCAUGAAGUUUGCAAGGGCUGGUUACAAGGAGAAAAUAUGGGAUCAUGCUGCUGGUGCUAUCAUCAUACGAGAGGCUGGAGGAAUAGUAACAGAUGUUAGGGGGCAUCCCUUGGAAUUCUCAAAAGGUUUAUAUUUAGAAAGGCUUGAUCGUGGCAUAGUUGCUUGUGCUGGACCCACAUUACAUGAAAAGAUCAUUGAUUCUGUUGAUGCUAGCUGGGCCUCUUCUUGUCUUUGAGACUGCUUCUAAUAAUGUACAUUUAUAUAGGAUAUAUACUGUGAUUAUGUGAAUAAUGUUUAUAAUCUUGUCUUUUCUGCUUUACACAGUAUCAUAGAAAAACCCAGCUUAUAAACAUCAGUUAUUGUUGAUGUAUUGGUGCCAGUUUGCUAGGCUGAAUUACUAUUGUUUGAAAUUAUGUGAAUAAAAAGGUUAUGUCUGUUACUUUGUACUCUGAAUGGAAUUUACUAAGGCAUGACACCUC